UUUAAAUUUUAAUUAAUUAUUAAUAAGAUGGGAAAUUGUAUAAUGAAAAAGCAGCCAGCCAUUCAAUACAACAGCGAUGACUGGGGAUCCCCGAAAGCAAAGGUUGAUUAUGUAUCGGGUAGCCAUUGCGAUGAUUGCUUUGUUAGUGAAAAGAAGGUGACAACGACGACGGAGGUGAAGAUUAAGAUAUCGAAGAAACAACUUGAAGAGUUGUUGGGUAGGACGGAUGUGCAAGGACUAAGUGUACAGCAAGUACUCGGUCGGUUGAUGGAUGCUAGUGACGGUUUUGAAUCACAUCAACCAUCGUGGAGGCCUGCUCUUCAAAGCAUUCCUGAAUAACCGUCGAUGUGUAUGUGUAUAUAUGCACUCCGAAUUGGGUUACUUGUUUUACCCAAUUGUGUGAGUUUUUUUUUUAAUCUUUUUCAUGUUAGAAUUUGGACAUAUGUAUAGUUUUCAAUUUGUUUAUUGUAUGUAUAAAAUCGGAUGCUAUUGUACGUACGUGAUUGCAAUGACAAUUACUUUGUGGCAAAUAAUAUUCUUAAACUAUA